GUUUUCGUGUAAAAAGUAUUCUUUAAAAGGAGAUUUACAUCCACAAGUACUACAACUUCGAAGAUGUCUCCUGCAUCAUGUUGUAAUAACUAAUCCUUUCAGUACCUCUACCUACCCCUAAAAGUUAUGUCAUCCUCGUUGAUUGAGUACUCAAACCACAUAUAACUUGAUACCUCUCGACGUCGUGAAGAAGAGGUGCUGUGACAACAAAUACCGAAGAAAGAGCAACAAAAUGAAGGGUCUUGCGUUUGCUCAUUCGGUCCUGUGCAAAUGGGUGCCUCUCUCGAUUGUGGCAAUGAGUAGAGACAAUUUGUUGGUGCAUUGCGCCUAAUGUCAACAGCAGUGUCACCACGAUCACGAGAAGUGAAUAACGGAGAGAGCGACGGUCAAGGAGGCGACGGAGGACAUUUUCGUACCCAAGAACACCAUGGCGCAUCUUCUGCGUUCGUCCAUCAUCAGGAUUAA